AUGGCGUCCGCCCCUGUGAUUUGUUCUUCCUGCCUCCGCUCUAUGCAGUUCGCAGCUCGCGCCCGUCCCGCGACUGUGCGACAGGCCCUCCGUGGCGCUCAUCGCAGCUUCGCCGUCUCCUCAGCAUCCGCCACUGUUCCGCCGACACCACUCCUCGACUUCCUUGCGCCCUCGAUACGAUCUGGAUACGCUACAUCGAUAAGACAAACUCCGCGACUGCGACCGGUGAAGCCGGAUGUUGCUGUCCGGGGGUUCUCGACCUCCGCAUCGCGGCGCGCAGCAGUCCUGAACCCGCGAACAGAUGAGGAUGGCAACGAGAUGGUGGUGGGCAUUACACCGCGCGCAGCUCAUCGCCUGAAGCAAAUCAUGACACAAGACAAGAACCCCAACCUUGUGCUACGGAUUACUGUCGAGUCCGGAGGCUGUCACGGCUUCCAAUACCUCAUGUCCUUGACUGAAAUGUCUGAGAUCUCGCAGGAGGAAGACACGGUGUUUGAGGGGCCUGACGGCGCGAGAAUUGUGCUGGAUGAGCCAAGUCUGGAGUUGUUGAAGGGAAGCAAGGUGGAUUAUACCAUGGAGUUGAUUGGAAGCCAGUUCAAGAUUGUGGAUAACCCUGCAGCUAGCAGCAGCUGCGGAUGCGGGACGAGCUUUGACAUCAAGAUGUAA